AAAAAAAAAAAAAUCAUGGUGCUUAUUAAAAGCGAGAGCGAGCAGCGAAAGCGAGGCCCGCCCGACGAUUAACGGUGUCCUGCCCCAACCUCCGCCCCGGGGAGCGGCCACAGGGACACGGGGCCGGGCGGUGCCGCCCGGGGAUCCCGGCGUGGGCAGGGCGAGAGCUCCCAGCUGCUGGCGGCCCGGAGCUCGUUCUGUGCGCGGCGAGCCGCGAGUCGCUGGUGCCGGAGGAGCGUGUGGYUGGGACAGGAGCAGCCCCGCUGUGACCACCCCGGCGAGCACCAUGCUGCCCACACGGUUGUGCAUCAUGAGGAGGCUUCCUUCUGUUCUGKCUAGGACACUCACUUCUGGGACCAGUGGCUCCCCAGGGCUUCCUGACAUGUCUGAAGGACAGUCACCCAUUCAUGUGAAUAAUGUGCGGAGCAAAUUGAGGGAUAUAGUGGGAGCAUCUACCAACUGGAGAGAUCAUGUGCAAGCAAUGCAAGAAAGAAAAGCUCUUCAUACUUUACUGGCAAAACGGCAGGAAGAUCUCCCUCCUAGGAAAAUGAAAGAUAGCUACYUGGAAGUUAUUCUACCUCUGGGAAGUCAGCCUGAAAUAAGAGAAAAGUACCUGAAUGUACACAACAGCGUAAGGUUUGGAAGGAUACUUGAAGAUCUUGACAGUUUAGGAGUUCUUAUUUGCUACACUCACACCAAACAGGAAAUGCAGCCAAGGUCUCCUUUAUCCAUAGUUACAGCUCUUGUGGAUAAAAUCAAUUUGUGCCAGAAGAUUAUACAUCCAGACUGUGACAUCAAAUUCACAGGCAAUGUUUCUUGGGUUGGGAAGACCUCCAUGGAAGUGAAGAUGCACAUGCUUCAGCUCCAUGAUGGUGAUUACAGCCCUGUGUUAGAUGCAACCUUUGUCAUGGUGGCCCGGGACCCAGAGAAUAAACGGCCAGCAUUUGUUAAUCCACUCAUUCCUGAGAGUCCUGAGGAGGAAGAAAUCUUCAAGCAAGGGGAAUUGAACAAGUUGAAGAGGAUUGAUUUCAACACUGCUUCCUUACUGAAAAUGGCUCCUACUGCAGAAGAAAGAAACAUUGUGCAUGACAUAUUCCUUAAUACAUUGGACACAAGGACAGUGAGUUUCCAGAGUCGUAAAUUACCACCCAACUCAGUGUGGAUGGAAGAUGCAAAGCUAAAAGGCCUGCAGAUUUGCCAUCCUGAGGAACGGAACAUCUUCAAUAGGAUCUUUGGGGGUUUUCUCAUGAGAAAAGCAUUUGAACUGGGAUGGGCAAUUGCUUGCAGCUAUGGGGGUUCCAGACCCUUUAUCGUAUCUGUUGAUGAUAUCAUGUUUCAGAAGCCAGUUGAAGUUGGAUCCUUAUUACUGCUUUCUGGACAGGUCUGUUACACAGAAAAAAACUACAUCCAGAUUCGAGUACACACUGAAGUUUACAAUGCCAAUACCAGGGAGAACCAUACUACCAAUGUUUUCCAUUUUACAUUUGUAUCAGAAAAUGAGGUCCCACAAGUUGUACCUAAGACAUAUGGAGAGUCCAUGUUGUACUUAGAUGGGAAGAGACACUUUACUGCAGUCAUGAAAGAAAUCUGACAGGCACUGGGUGCUGCAUCAGCAGUGUAGCAGCAUGCUGUCUUGGCAAGAACUGUCACCAGAGAUGGCUGAUGGACAGAUGCUUGCAAUACUCAAAGAAAAACCCAGCAACCACCCAAAACAAAACUGAACAAAAAAAAAAAAUCAAA